AUGGCGCGACGAUUCAAAUUCAAUGUUCUAGAUAGUUAUGCAGUCGCUGCCCAAACGCAAAGGGUUGUUGUCUACAAACCCAAUAGCACUAUAGUUGAGAAUGAAGUAAAUUUGUCGCUAUACGAUAGAGUAGUAAGGCUUGGUAAUGUACCUGCACCACAUCUUCAACUAUUUAUCUCGCUCAUCCAGACUCAUGUGCCAGUAGGAGUUACGAUUAGGUUAGCUUCACUGCUGCGUCACUGUAGUGCAGUGAGAAGAAUGUCAAACGAUGCUGUAGAGCGAUUGGUACCUUAUGAAUUGGUGGAUAUCGGUGCUAAUCUAGGACAUCCUUCAUACAAAAAUGACUUGAAUGAUGUUUUGAAGCGAGCAAAACAGGCAGGUCUGUGCAAACUCAUGAUCACAGGUACUUCUGAGAAAAUAAGUGCAGAAUCUAUGAAGCUUGCCGAGACUAUGCCUGGUUUCCUUUACUUCACCGCAGGUGUGCAUCCCCAUGAUGCUAAAGAUUUUGGUGAAGACUCAUUGGAUACGCUGAGAACCCUUCAGGCUCACCAGCAAUGUGUUGCUGUGGGAGAAUGUGGGCUGGACUUUAACAGAAAUUUCUCACCACCGGAUGUGCAGAAGGAGGUAUUUAGGAAGCAGGCUAAGAAAUACGUGGAGAUGGGGUUAUACAUCGGACUGACAGGUUAG